ACCAAAAGGCAGAAAAAGAAAACCAUUGCCCCCAUAUUGCUAGUGUUGAGUCAAGUAAGCUAGUCAGUAGGAGAGGAUUUUAGAGCUCACCUUCACUCUGGCCAACUCUUAGAAUCCCUUCUGUUUCCUUAUGAAGUAAUUUAAAUCGUGUAUACAACGGCCCUACUAGGUGUCCAUUUACUCUCACUUUCUGCUAACUCGGUUACUAACACUAGAGAGUGAGGAGCAGGGUACCGGACCCCACCCGGUCGACUCAGGUCCCUGACUGAGAAGAAAAUGCCACCGGAGGCGCUGAAUCCUAAAGUUGCUGACUCUGUUCAAAUCAAAAAUCACCUUAAGACAGCUGGCAGAGGUAAUAUGACAUCUCCACUACUCUGGGACACCAACUCUAUGGAUCAUCCAUCAUUGUUCAAUGACAUCAAGAUUGAACCCCCAGAAGAACUUCUAGCUAAUGAUUUCAACUGGCCCCAGGUGGAACCAGUCGACCUCUCCUUUCACAAACCCAGUGUUCCUCUCCAGUCUGCCAGCAUGCUACAAGCCUCAGUAUGUUUUCCUAAGCCCAAGACGUCUUCCCAGAACCUUGUAUUGUCCACUUCAUUAUCUGGCACAAGCAUUUCAACAAACAUCCCAGCAGUUCUGUCUCCAGCCUCUAUCCUGGCCUCUCAGGACACUGGUGGCCAGCAUAUUUUACAUGUGAUUCACACCAUCCCAUCAGUCAGUCUGCCAGAUAAAAUAGAUGGCCUGAAGACAAUCCCAUUGGUGGUGCAUGCACUGCCCAUAGUGUAUACUUCUUUGCCUGCAGAUGGGGGCCCUUCAAUGAUUACAGUCCCACUCAUUGGAGGAGAUGGCAAAAAUGCUGGAUCAGUGAGAGUUGGCCCUACCUCCAUGUCUACACUGGACAUCCCCUGUGACAGCAAAGAAAGUGCAAUUAAGAAUGGAUCCUCUGUUUUACAUGGCUUUGAGAUAUCACAGAAAGAAUUGACAUCAGUGUCACAAAUACAAAGAGAAGAAUCUGUUGAGUUGAAGAGAAGAUGGAUUCAUCAGUGUGACUUUGCUGGAUGCAGCAAAGUGUACACCAAAAGCUCUCAUCUGAAAGCUCACCGCAGAAUCCAUACAGGAGAGAAACCUUAUAAAUGCACCUGGGAUGGCUGCUCCUGGAAAUUUGCUCGCUCUGAUGAGCUCACCCGCCAUUUCCGCAAGCACACAGGCAUCAAGCCAUUCCUGUGCACAGAUUGCAACCGUAGCUUUUCUCGCUCUGACCACUUGUCCCUGCACCGAAGGCGCCAUGACACCUUGUGAACUGCAAAGACUGUACUAGAAGAGUUGUGAUGGUCACUUUCCUGUUUGUGUGUUGAGGUCAUGACCAUUUUUUUCCCUCUUUGACUUUGGUUUUCUUUUCAGGUGGAAAUAGAGUAACUCACUGAACCAGGUUGAUGAAACUGCAAGAAAAGAUAGCUCCUUUACCUUUCUACAUUCCAAUCCUCAGGUGUUUGUUUGUUUGCUUGUUUUUAAUUUCCAUGUGGAUUGAAUUCCACUGCCAGACCCACAGUUACCUCCUCACUUCCCUGCUAAGAGAGGAUAUUUUUCUACAAGAACAAAACAGGAAACAGUUUCCUCUGCUACCAUUUUCUCUUGUUUUCCAAAAUUUGUGUCCAUAUUUUUUAAUUAGUCAUUAAAAGUGAUUCAUAAUGUACUAAAAUUACUAUUUUCAAGUUUGUAAAUAGAAAAGUACAUAAUAAUCAAGUUGGUUGGCAAAAUUUACAGGAAGUGAUU